AUGGGGUGCUUCAAUAAGCUGGGAGAUGAAGUGGCGGUGGCGUAUGGUGAGUUACAAGGUGCACUUGAUGGAGGGAAAGAUAAAGCAAUCCAUCCAAAUAAGCUUCUCUUGGAUCAUGGGAAAGUACUCCAUGAUGGUGCAUGGUUGGUAAGGCAGCGUUUGGCGGAGGUACCAAUUGUUAGAGAUGGGGCAGAUCUCGAUGGAGAAUGCGUGCUUGUGGUUGCUAUUGGGCUCGUGAGAGACGAACUGUUUGUCGGAUCGGGAGCGGACAGGGACGACGCCGGGAUGAACUCGACGAAUUUGAUGGCGUGGGAGCGGUUGGUGAAGAAGAAGUCGAUCCACGCUGCGGAUGAGUUGGAUCCACCGUUAUUGACUGAAGAAGGAGGACUCUCCAAGGUGGGAGGGGAGAAACUGCCAGCACUCCCAAUCUCCAUUCUAGAAGAGGAGGAACGGGGAUCGAAACCAUCAAUCCAGAAAUUCUUAGAGAGGGGAUCGAUGAUCCUCACCCCUGGACAUUAUAAUAAUUACACGCCCUUCACUGUUUUUAGGGGGGAGUUGUUAAUGGAGGUCCGAGCUGAGUUGCCCCAACCUCCACAUAUGCAGAUGAAGUCAGAGCACUGCCGCGACUCAAAUGGCAGCGGGGGGGAUUGGCUGCACAAGCCGGCGGUGAGUCAGAAGAAGAAGAGGGAGCUCAAUUGGGAGAGGAGGUUAAAGAUUGCCAUUGGGCUUGCCAAGGGAGUGGAGUAUCUACACCAUGACUAUGUGCCGAAGAUCAUCCAUAGAGACAUCAAGACGAGCAAUGCACUGCUCGAUGGAAACAUGGAGGCCCACCUAGGAGACUUUGGCUUGGCAAAGGUGGUCGCUGAGAGCCAUCGGUAUAGAGUGUUGAUGGAGCUUGUGAGUGGGCUAACGCCUACAGACAGCACCUUUGAAGGAGAUAUGGACAUGGUGAAGUGGGUGCAGUCCCGGAUUGGGUUGCCGACCUCAGGACGUGAGGAGCUGCUAGACCCUUCUCUAAAGCCUCUGGCACCAUAUGAAGAGUCAUCCAUGUUCGAGCUACUCGACGUGGCCUUGCAGUGCACCAGGACUGCUCCUGCGGAGCGGCCUACUUGA